AUAUUGCAACAUAUCAAUGGUCAAUCGGAAAAAUUUCAAUUCCAAUUGUGGAUCUGGUUAUUUAUGCACAUACUGCGGCCGGAUUAAUGAACAAUUAUAUGUUGAUUACAUUUGAUACUGAAUUUACUUCAAGUAAUCAAGUUUCAAUCGAUACAAAAAGUUCAGACUCUAAGAGCAUCGGCUUAAUUAUUGGAGCUACCAUUGAUACAAUUAAUAUUCG